UACACAAAUAUACACACACAACUGUGAGCGUUGGAUUAUCUGAGGUCAGCAGAAGAAUGACAUUUUGCAGGUUUCUCCUCACUGUUUUCAUCAUUCUUGGGCAGGAUUUCUGUGACGCUGAACAGUCAUCCGUCCCUGAAGCGCCGACCCUGACAUCAUCAGUGAAGGGUUCAUCGGUGGAGCUGUUGUGUCAGGCUCCUCUGGGCUCCGGAGGUGUUGAAUUUAAACUCUUCAGAGUACACAAGAUGAUUGAUACUAAAACAUACUCCAGUAAACAGCGAGACGCUCUUUUUGUGCUCAAGGGAGAAGAUACAAAGAAUGAGAAUCUGUACUGCUGCCAGUAUGAUAACAGCAUGAUCAGUUCUUAUUUCAGUCUAGAGAUGAAAUCCAAAGUCUCUGCAAGCCCCCCUUCACCCCCUGUGCUGACGGUGCGCCCCUCCAACGACCACAUUGGGACUGGUCAGACACUUACAUUCACCUGUCAGACCUCACCUGCUCCUCUAAAUCCGCUCCCUGACGCUUUCUUCUUGAUCCGGACAUCCAGAGGAACCCCGAGCUCCAUGCUCGCUCCACCCAAACUGGUGUCUCGCUCUCAAAAGCCUUCCUUCAGUGUGAAAGCAAUGGGACGAGAAGACAGCUGGGAAUACACCUGUCUAUACCAGCUCACAUUGCCAAAGACGGGACGGGUGAACUCUACCACCAGUCGGCCCGUCCGCAUUACAGUCAUAGAUCUUCCCGUUCCCACUCUGUCUUUAUCCAAAGACGUUCUGGAGUGUUUGGGUUCAGCCUCAUAUCCACAAGCUUCAUUCUCUUUAUUCCGUGUGGGUUCCACGUCACCCGUGGCCUCCCGGCAGUUUUCCUUGACCAAACACAGUGCACUAUUUCCCAUAACCAACCGCUAUGAUCACGACACACUGUAUCAGUGUCAGUACACCGUACCGAUGGGUAACUCCCACCUGCCCUCCAAAAUGAGCAACACAGUAAAUCUACCAUGCAAUAAAGAACACUGCACAUCACCCCCUGCAGGAAACACAGGAAGAACAGAUCUGGCUCUGAUCAUUGGCUCUGUUUCUGCUGGUGUGCUCUUCCUUAUGGUGGUGGUGCUCUUGAGUUUUGCCAUACACAGACGCGUCAAAACGCUGGCAGAUAAAAGAAGAAAAAGAGAGCAAGAACAAUUCUGGCAGAAGCUUCACUCCAGAGAUCAUGUUGUUGAUCUGCCACUGCAGCGUGCUGACUAUGAAUUUCAAAACUUCCGAAGAAAACCCUCGGUGUCGGAGCCCAUCUACGACAUCCCCAUGUCAACCUUUGCUAAACCCCCACUUUACUGAGAAUCCAUCGAUGAAUCUGUGGAUCUACAUGUUUAUACUUCACUGUUUAUUUAAAAGUUGUGUUUUGUAUAUUUAUAAAAGAAUGACCGAGUACAUGUUUGCUGUGGGUUUGGAAUCUGUAGUUCACUGGAGGGUCAGCAGGGGGCUCUGAAAUAGUUAGGCAUGUUUCAGGAAUGCACCGGUGGUAAAAUCUUUGCAAAUCUUUUGAUAGAUCCACCUGAAAGGCAAAAAAGAAAGUGUGCGUGUACCAGCAAGAGACUCGAACUUCUUUCAGUUCCCAUGAACUAAAAACCGACACAAAUCCAACACUUUGAAUACAAAACGAAUGACUCUUUGUAAGACUCCUUUAUAUGUUUUUUUGGUUCACACCCAUCUGUAUCUUACAGCCUUUCAUUUAUGAUCUUUUGAAAAUCGAUUAUCAAACCAUAAACCAUUUACAGCUCUCUGAUUUCUUAUCCUUAUUGCAACUUAAAGGUACAGUUCACCCUAAAAUAAAAAUUGCUCAUCUCUUAUUCAACCUCAUGUUGUUCAAAACCUCUAUGUGACUCUUUUUCUGUGUUACCCUAAAGAAGAUAUUUUGAUAAAUGUCUCUUGGGUGUUAUGUCCAUACAAUGAAUGGUUGCCGUUGUUAUCCAUUCUUCAAAUUAUCUUCUUUUGUGUUCUGCAUAAGAACACAACCAUGGGUUGAAACAACAUAUUAUUUUUGUGUGCACAUCACUAAAAAUAGUUUUGCAUUCUUAACAAAUCCCCCAUUAUGACGUGUUUUGUUUAUUGGGUUCAAAGGGCAACGUCUCUCCAGUGGUUUCAAAGAAUGUCCAUCUCUGCAAAUGAGCAUCGGCAUGAAUGAAGACCUGAAUGAAUUAUUCACCGACGACUCUGGGCUCAGUAAAGCACGCUGUGUGCUGUGACCUCACUCAUGACUAAUCUCGCUCGGGCUUGUACGAUUUCUUUGU